AUGACCAACAGCGACCCAUGGUUGAUGGCCUGGAAGUUGAUGCUCGGGCGAGGGCUGACGGCGUUGUACGUCCGAUACGAGGUCUUCGGCAUUACGCUGAUGCCCCUGCAGUGGUCAGCGUUGCAAAUCCGUAAAACUAUUAAGCGGAACUUCUCUCAAACCCUCCCAUACAACAAGACAUCUCUGCAUUCACCUCCACAUCUUCAAAGUUUCCGAUCGGUACGGCAAUCUCAGCAACACUCAUGUCUUCUCUCCCUCUACCUCGCAUCUCCACCACCAUCACCACCACUAUCGAUGGGCCCUCGACAACACCCCUCCACCCCGGCGCCUUCCACUCCCGCCGCAUUAUCCAGCCCUAGGAGCAAUAAGGAAAUGGGGGACGUGUUGGAGCAGCUUCGACACAAGUAUGAAAAGACACGCGCGACUUCUGCGGCAUCCACGCCGACGGGCGCAUCGCCGAGGGAAACAAGUGCGGAGGGUGGUCCGGGAAGAUCAGGGUCGACGAGGAAGAAGAAGAGAGAGAGAGACGGCCUGAAGGAGACGGUCACCGCUGGGGAUCAAAGGCAGCGGCAAAACCUCGAACCUCAAGGCUCCAAGGCAUCGCUACCAAUACAACCCGACUUGACCGGGGCAUCUCCAUGUCCAGCUCGACAGCCGCCGCCGGCGUAUCGUCCGCCGCAACGGUCCACAGAGCGGCAGCCAUCGGGACAUGGACCUACUCAAGACGACGAGGAGACGACAUGGACCAUCUGCAUGGGCUCCCUUAACUCCCUCAAGGAUUGGGUGAUCUGGGCUCUAUCGCCGUUGGUGUCGUGUUUGGCAUAUGGAGCGAAAGUGGUGGCAUAUGGAGCGAUAGUGGUGGCCAGCACGGCGUGGAAGAAUUGGAAGAAUUGGAAUCGGCGGCGGAGGUCGAAGAACGCUCGCACCGAGGUCACGCCUCGCGCCGUGAUGGAUGGUAAUAUCAUGGAGGACGACGAGAAGGCGGCGGAAUCGUCACCAUCGAAGGCAUCUCGACUCCCUUCUCGGAAACCUCAUCGCCGGAAACCCCACUCCUCGCACGCGCUGCAACACCAAGAGCUUGCCCAGGACCCGCCGGCAGAGCGCCCAAAAGUUCCGCCACCGCCACCUCCUGCGCCAGGCAUACGUCGCCGUCUCGCGCGACAUGCCGGAAAGGUACUGGCGGUUCUGCUUCUUACUGCCUUGGUUCUCCUGGCGUGGUACUGGCCGCCGCGCACCUUUCGAUCCACCUCUCAGCCCGUCGAUGACCUCAUCCACGCCACACAUCUUACUUCCGCCGCGCUGGACCUCCUCGUCACGACAGCGACCCCAAUGUUCAACUCCCACUGGUACGUUUGCCGGAUCAUGGAGGCGUCGGAGGAGGUCUUCGUCGACCCAGACGUGCAUCCCGAGUUUGGCAAGGCUUGGGCGCCGGAGAAAGGAAAUCUAGGGUGGGGAUGUCCCAAGCCAGAGGUUGACUUCGUUGACUUCCCUCCGCCGACGCCGAACGAGCAUUUUGGGCGUCUGGGAGUGCUUCUCGCCGGUGAAUUGUGGAACAUGACACUCCUCCUCCGCCGCUCGUGCGCGGAAUCCUACGCCAUGGCGCAAGGAGCCGCCCAUCUCGCCACCCAGAUCGAAGACGAAGUUCGCCUCUCCGACCUCUGCCGGCAGUCUUCACCCCGCCUCACUCCCUGGACGUCUCUCCUUCAUCUUCGCGCCGUCUUCUCCACCGACCGCUCGGAAGCGCCCCUCCUCAACGCCAAAAUCGCCCAACUCAACUCCACCAUCUCGACCUUUACGGCGUCCCACUCGUCUCUGAUCACCGACCUCGAAGUCAGCGCCACGAUCUGUCUGGACCGCCUCCGCGCUUGGAGAGCAGCCGCUCUAGAAGGGGGAAUAUGGCCAACCCCAGACCGAGGCCCGCAUCUUUUCGGCAACAUUCGAGCGCUGUGCCAGGAAUUCCGCCGUGGGCGGGACGACGGGCAGAAGAGUGCUCCGCAAGAGAAGAUGGUUACGCUUUGGUCCGAAAAGGAGGUGAACCUCCCACCUUUUCUGGUGGCGAGGAAUCGGUUCGAGGAGGCCCGAGGGGUGCUGCGCGGGAUCCCUUCAGCCGACCGUCCAUGGAACAACCGCGUCGUCCAGUGGAUCUCUCAACCUCCUGCCAUCGGUUGGUGGGAUUGGAUGACCGGCCAGCGAAAUGGAACGAUCGCUUCCUGGACCCACUCCCGUCUUCGAUGCUGGAUCCUCGGCUCGAGGACGAAAGCGCCGGUGGGCGAGGGAGCGGGCACGCAGGAAAAGUUGCUAGAAACUUGUCAGCGGAUGGAGUUGGCGGCUAUGCAAGCGGGGACGGUGAAGCUCUUGUCGCCGAAGGCGGGAUCGUCGGACGUUGCUAGCGAGGACCGUGGCGUUCUACCAAUCUGA